UGACACUCCCUCCUGCAUUUUCCAGUCUGUGGUUAACAGCACUCAAAGGGUUCCAUUAAGUCAUCAAGUUUUACAGGUUCCUUAAAAAAAAAAAAAAAAAAAAGAGAGAGAGAGGGAGAGGGAGAAAAGUUUGGUCAUGGUAGGGAAUGAGUGAUCAAAGCUGAGCCAAAGCUUCCUGUUACACCGGGACUAUAUAUAUAUCGUGUCUUUAAUGUUGAGGGAUGUAAGCAGGCUGCUAGGAGGCUGGAGCACACUAGCUGACUCUCUGCCUGAUUUCCCAGCUCGCUGAGGUUUCUUCCACCGACCACAAUGAACAAGUUCCUGUGCUGCACACUUGUGCUCUUGGACAUCUCCGUCAAGUGGUCCAUCCAGGACGUCUCUCCCCACAAGUAUCUCCAUUACGACCCAGGGACAUCUCGUCAAGUGAUGUGUGACCAGUGCCCUCCCGGGAGCUACGUAAAGCAGCACUGUACCGCUGCCAGCCCGACAGUGUGUGCCCCGUGCCCAGACCAGUACUACGCCGAAGACUGGAACAGCAACGAUGAAUGCCAGUACUGCAGUGCCGUUUGCAAGGAGCUGCAGUACGUCAAGCAGGAGUGCACGAGCACGCAGGACCGCGUCUGCGAGUGCAUCGAAGGCAGGUACCUGGAGCUGGAGUUUUGCUUAAAGCACACGGAGUGUCCUCCUGGAUUUGGUGUCACACAGCCAGGUACCCCUGAGAGUGACACUGUAUGUAAGAAAUGUCCAGAGGGAUUUUUCUCCAAUGUAACAUCAUCCAAAGCAGUCUGCCAGAAGCACACAAACUGUAGUGCACUGGGUUUCAAAAUAGCAUUGAAGGGAAAUGCAGUUCGUGACAACGUCUGUCAGGAAAAUACAGAUACAUCACCUCAGAAAUGUGGCAUAGAUGUAACCCUGUGUGAGGAGGCUUUGUUUAGGUUUGCUGUUCCUACUUUUCUCGUGCCUAACUGGCUGAACUUGCUAGCAGAUAGUUUGCCUGGGACAAAGCUUAGCACAGAAAAUAUUGAACGGAUUAAACAAAGGCAUGGUUCACAAGAGCAGACUUUCCAGCUUAUGAAAUUAUGGAAGCAGCAAAACAAGGAACAGGAUAUAGCCAAGAAGAUUAAUCAAGAUAUUGAACUUUGUGAAAGUAGUGUCUUAAGGCAUAUUGGCCACCCAAAUCUCACCUUUGAACAUCUCAACACACUGAUGGCAAGCUUGCCAGGCAAAAAAGUGGGAAAAGAAGAUAUUGAACGCACAAUGAAACUGUGUCAACCUACGGAGCAAGUUCUGAAGCUUCUCAAUCUGUGGAGAAUAAAGAAUGGAGACCAAGACACCAUCAAAGGUUUAAUGUAUGGACUGAAGCACUUGAAAACAUACCACUUUCCAAAAACCACCAUACAAAGUCUGAAGAAGGUCAUUAAGUUUCUUCAGAGAUUUACAAUGUAUAGAUUAUACCAGAAACUAUUAUUAGAAAUGGUAGGAAACCAAAUUAAAUCAGUGAAAGUAAGAUGCGUCUAAUUCAAGAUAUUUUUCAUUCUCCACUGACAAUUUUUCUCUAAUUACUGCCAGCAGUAAUUAAACUGGAACGUUGUUUCCCUACAUAAUGUCUUACUAUUUAUAGAAAUGCCUGACUGGAAUAGCUCUAAGUCUUUUUCAGUGUUCUUGGAGAUUUUUUUAUUUUUUUUUCUUGUUUGUUUGUACGUUUUUGUUUGUUUUAAAAUCACUUUUGUAAAAGCUGUUAACCUGUUGAUAACACUAAGAGCCUGAUUCAGCAUUUUUGCACAUUCAGAGUUGAAAAGCCCCACUAUAGUUACUAGAGGAGAAAAGAAUGCUGGACCUGGCUCUAAUACAGUAUUUGCUAUUUAUAUUCUUUGAGGUAUAAACAUUUUUGUUGUACAUAUUUAUUAAGUUAAAUGGAAAUUGUAUGAGACUGAAUUUUGGGAAGAGAAAUGAAAUGCACACUGUAUAUUUUCUAGUUAAACAAAAAUGAUCCCAUAUAUUUUUCUGGCAAAAUUUCGUAGCAUGCUCUAAAAGUUCUUAAUAUCUUUACUUUUUGUAUUUAAAGAAGUAUUAUUACUUAGUUUUAUUUGUAUAACUUGUGGUAUCUUUGGGUAGGGAUGUUUUAAUUUAUCCAACGAUUUUAACACAAAUGUGGUGAAAAUAUAGCACGUGACCUGAAUAUUUAAAUAUUCUGUGAGGAAGUGAAUGUACCAUAUUUAAGAAGCUGGAUUUUUACAUAGAAUUUCAUAAUCUUAUUUUAUAAAACAAUUAAAUUUUUCAGUUUACUUUUC